UUAUUUCUACUAUUCGAAACUAGUUAAAAUAAAGAAUAUUAUUACUUUAAUAGAAUUCCUAUUAAUUUAUUAAGUGCCAGCUCAAAAAUGCAUCAGGCAUAUCAUGUCCAUUCAAUAUUGAAACAAGGAGUUCACAUUGAAUCAAUAGCCGCCUAUGAUAACAAUGUGAUUUUGGGUACACGUAGUGGCCAAUUGAUAAUGUACUCGGUGGAUAAAAAUGGUGCCGUCGAUAUGCUUAUGUUCAGCAAGAAUUUCAGCAAAAAGUCCAUAGUUCAAAUGGAGGUGAUUGCUGAAGAGAAUCUGCUAUUUGUAUUGACCGAUGGCAUGAUACAUGUUUGCGAUAUAAGUCGCACGGAGAAUAACUUUACUUUUAUACAUAGUUCUCAGUUCACAAAGGGAUGUAGUUUGUUUACAUUGGAUGCACAGACCACAAAAACUACCACGGGCAAAACAGAAACUGUCAUUCGCGUUUGCUGCGCUAUUAAGAGACGUUUACAAUUCUUUUAUUGGAAAUUGAAUAUAUUGGCUUCACCGGAAUUUUUCAUUGACCUUAAAGAUGUUCCCAAGGCUUUGUGUUGGGUACAAGAUCUCAUUUGUAUUGGCUAUAAGGAUGAAUAUGUCAUAUACAAUAUAAAAUUCAAUAAAACUGAAAAACAUGAUCUUAUUGUCACCUCUUCGUCACAUAAUUUGGACCCCUCCAUAUGUCUUCUCAAAGAUGACAUUUUGUGUAUUUCUAAAGAUGAAUAUCUAGUGGCAAUUAAUCUUCAAAACUAUAAAGAACGUAAAGAUGACAAAACAAAAGUACAAGGUUCCUUGGACCCAGUGGGUGCCAAAGGUAAAACCGCUCUAAAACCCAUGAUGUGGGGCAGUCCAUUGUUGGGUUUAGUUUGGGAUGAACCAUUUGUUGUGGGUCGUGUUGCUAGCGGCAUAGAAGUGCGUUGCUUAGAUGCCAAUGGUUUGGACAAAGAUACACUGGUACAGUCUAUACCAGAGCUAAACAAAACAAAACAUCUAGUGCGUUCAGCUAAAGGUACAAUAUUUGCCGCUGCAAUUUCCGAAUUAUGGUGCAUAAGACUGGUAGAUAUUACCACUCAAAGGCAACAAUUGUUGCAACAAAAAAGAUAUCAAUUGGCUAUUGAAUUAACGAAUAUUUCCGAUGAACCAGAACUGUCCAAGGCUGAAACUAUACGCCAGAUUCAUAUGAGUUAUGCCAAAGAGUUAUUUGCCUUGAAGCAAUUUUCUGCUGCCAUGACUGAAUUUGAAAAAGCCCAAGCAAAUCCUUAUGAUGUCAUACGUCUUUUUCCCAAUUUACUGCAUGAUCAAUCGAAAACCAUUACAACAGAUAGCUUUGAUGCAGUGGUUCCUACAGCAGCCAUGCUGCAAUUGGAAGAUAAAGAUUUAGAAAAUGCUCUCUUGGCUUUAAUCGAGUUCUUGGCAUUGGCUCGCCAAAAGGAGGUUGUAAAACUACGCGACACCAAAAGUACUUCGAAAUCAUUAUUGUCCAUUAUUGAUACCACCUUAUUGAAAUGCUACUUGCAAACCAAUGACUCUUUAAUUGCUCCAUUGCUGCGCCUAAAUCAAUGUCAUUUAGAGGAAUCGGAGAAAACUUUACUAAAACAUGACAAAAUCUCCGAACUAAUUAUUCUGUAUCAAACAAAUGGCAAACACAAAAAGGCUUUAGAACUCUUACAAUCUCAAGCCACUAAGGAAGGUUCAAGUCUGUAUGGUUACGAAAGAACCAUACGUUAUUUACAACAACUGGGUGCCUCUCAUUGGCCUUUGAUAAUGGAGUUUUCAGAUUGGGUCUUAAAAGCCAAUCCCGAACAGGGUUUGAGAAUUUUUACCGAAAAUUUUAUAGAAGUUGAAAAUUUGCCUCGCGCAGCAGUAUUGGAUUAUCUAUUAACUCACCACAAGACAAUGGUUAUACCAUAUUUGGAACAUGUUAUUAAUGUAUGGCAGGAUACAAACACGUUUAUACAUAAUAUUCUUAUUAAGCAGUAUCGUGAAAAGUUGGAAAACAUAAUGAGAGAUUUGGAAAAUGAAGGUUCAAAUCAGAAAAAAGAACUGAACGAAGAACUCCAAGAAUACCGUAACAAAUUAUAUGAUUUACUGCAAAAUUCUACCAACUAUUCACCAGAUGUGGUUCUAAAAGAUUUUCCCACUAACAUACUGUUGGAGGAGCGAGCUUUAAUCUUGGGACGUUUAAAGAAACACGAAAAAGUUUUAGCCAUUUACAUACAAAUAUUGGGAGACGUAGGGAAGGCUUCUAAAUAUUGUGAAGAAAAUUAUGAAGAUGAUCAUGAUAUAUUUUUUACCUUGCUAAAAACCAUACUUAACCCACUACAGCAACCUCCUUAUGAAAAUGUUGAACUUCACAAAGAUUUCCUAAAGCCCAAUCAUGAUAUUGUUUUGGAAAUACUAAAUAAAUACGCUUUAAAAAUAGAACCUAGCAAAAUAUGGCCGUAUUUGCCCAAAGAUUUGCCAGUUUAUCGCAUACAAAACUAUUUAGAUACGGUUUUGCGCCAACAAAUGGCCACACGUAGUCAGUUGGAAAUUAAAAAGGGCUUACUAGAGGCCCGGCUAAAACGUUGCACUGAAUUGGUGUUGGAACAACAGAGCAUACACUUUGAAUUGACCGAAUUUAGUGUUUGUCCCGAAUGCAAAAAACGUUUUGCCAAUCAAAGUGCCUUUGUGCGUUAUCCCAACGGAGAUGUGGUGCAUCUAUCGUGCCAUGAUAAGAGAGUAAUGGCUGCUAAUUUAUUUGGCAAUUGAUUGUGUUUCCCACUUAAUCUAUUAUACUUAAUUGUUACAUUAACUUUAUUCUUUAGAUUUAUUAAGUUUCCAAACAAAUAUUCAUUUGAAUAACUAUAAUAUUUAAAAUAUAUAUUUACUAUGUACAGAAAAUAAACCAUAUUUAUACUGCUAAAUAAAUGUUUUCUUGAGGAAACAAAA